UGCUGGCCUGGUGUCAGCUUUUCACUUGUUGAUUCCUAAAUUGUUGAUUUCAGCAGAAUUGUAGUCAAUUUAGUAUUUAGGACAAUUUGUGUUGUUUUCUGUUAGAUUUUGUUUUUUGUGUUUCCUCUGUAUUCUAAUCAAGAGAAGAUGACUAGUGUUCAGAAAACCAUAAAUUUUCCUGCUAAAAAGAGAUUUUUGACACGUUUUCAAGCGAAACAUGAAGGAAAAGAAAAUAAUCAAACUGUAAAUGAUCAGAAAAACAACUCACCUUCUAAGGAAAAUGCUAUUAAAAGAAGUUCUAGUGAAGCCAUUCUGAAUGAAAAUAGUUGCAGUCCUCCUAAAACUCCAAAAAAUGAAUCAAAGGAAUCAUCAACUAGCAUUCCUCUAAAAGAAGAUGAAAACUUGUCUCAGGCUAUUAGAGUUCUUCAUUCUGGUCAACCCCAAAAAUUGUACCAACGUCGUGACAAAAUUGACAAUAUUUCAGAAAUUAUAUUAAAAGCUCUAGAGAUUAGGGAAUCAACAACAAUUUAUAUAUCUGGACCUCCUGGAACUGGUAAAACAGCCUGCGUGAACCAUGUUAUUUCACAGAGUAGUAUUUCUAAUAAUUACAAAAUUGUUUAUGUGAACUGUACUGGACUGAAAUCUGCGAAUGCUGCUUUUAAAAGAAUUGCUUCUGAAUUGAAAAUUAAGGUUGUAGGUAGUGAAAAAAAAAUUUUGGAUGCAAUUGAGAAUCAUCUGAAGACCACUCAAAAAAUGAUAAUGCUUAUUCUUGAUGAAAUGGAUCAGUUAGAAAGUAAAAAGCAAACCCUUUUAUAUACCAUAUUUGAGUGGCCUUUAAUGUACAAAUCGAACCUAGUUCUCCUUGGAAUAGCUAAUGCUCUUGAUUUAACUGAUAGAAUUCUGCCAAGACUGGAGGCCAAGCUGGACAUUUUACCAAUAUUAAUUAAUUUUCCACCAUAUUCAAGAGAAGAAAUCUGUGAAAUAUUAACUGAUAGAUUAAAAGAGGGUGGAGUAGAUGAUGUACUAAAAGGAGGGGCUCUUCAGCUUCUUGCUAGUAAGGUUGCAGCUGUUUCAGGAGAUUUACGCAAGGCAUUAGACAUAGGGAGAAGGGUUCUCGAAAUUACUCAAAGUAAAUCAGAAAGUAGCAAGCAAGUGUCUUUACAGGAUGUUCUGUUAGUGGUUAAUAAUGUGUAUGGAACUUCUAGUACCUUAAAUGGCUGUACCAAUUCAGAAAAUGCUGAAAGUUUUCCGUUACAUCAAAAAAUGUUGAUUUGUACUAUGAUUUUAAUAAAGAAAAAUUCCAAAUGUAAAGAAAUUACUGUUGGGAGGCUUCAUGAUGUUUAUAAAAAAGUUUGUGCCAAAAAAAACAUGACUGCUAUUGAAAUAUCGGAGUUUCUUGGUCUUUCUGAACUAGUAGAAUCCCGAGGAGCUAUUAAAAUUCAAGGAAAAACAAGGAACAGAUUAUCCAAGGUGCUAUUAAUGUGGGAUGAAGCUGAAAUUGAAAAUGCAUUGCAAGACAAACAGUUACUUGCAACAAUAUUAGAUGAUGUGUCAUGUUUGAAAUGAUUGAGAACUAUCUUUGAAUUGUUUACAAUAAGUUUGUAUAUAUAAUUAAGCACGAUACUUUUAAAGUUUCCUUUCAAUUUUUAGCUGGUUAUUUUUAUUUUAUACAUAAAUUAUUUUACUUUGUUACAUAAUGAUAUUUUGUUGAUAAAGUGGCUUUAUUAUUCUAUAAUGUUUAAAUAUCUUCCAAACCUUUGGCAUUUAUUUAAAUAUUUAAUUAAUCACUUUUUUUUUUUUAUUUGAAAAACAGUUUUUUUUUUAACACCUUAGAGUAACACCAAAGAAUAAGAAUAAUAUGUUAGCAAUUAUGAACUGACCUGACUUAUAUUUAUUUAUUUAUUGUACUUUUGAAUGUUGUAAC